AGUUAAGAUACAAAAUGCUACUCUGAAAUCUCAUGCUCCCCAUCUGCAAAAAUAUACUCUUACACACCCACCAAACUGACCAAAAAGCCUUAUCUUUUUAAAACCCAUUAUACUCUUUCAACUGUGUUCGAAAAUAUAUAUUUUAUUUGGCUUCCUUUUUUCUUUCCUCCCCUUCAUAUCACAAUACAUGUUACUAAUACCAAUACUUUUUAUAUAAUAUUACUAUAUUAAUUAUUUCAGCUUUCGUUUUCCCUAUAUCUAUAUAUACAUAUAAGCAUGCUUGUGAAACGAACAUAAUAAUACUAUACCACUUUUGAUACUUCCAUUACAGCAGCUAGCUCAAGUUUUGAUGUCAUCCAAUCAAAUAUGGCGGCUUGUUAAAGUACCAGAAUGCACAGACAAAGUUACAUAUAAUAAAACCAGAAGCUGAGGCUACAUUUAAUGUUGGUUUCAGUAGUAUAUAUAAUAAGCUAGCAUCGAAGUGAUCAUAUCAAGAAACAAUUAAUCUUCAAACUUUCCCUGUUGUUUUUCUUUUGUCGUCUUCUUCGAUCAAGUGGCAGCUAGCUAAAUCAAUCCUGGAAUAAUUGUUUUCAAAAAUCCUCGAUCAUCAUCAAAACAUGGAUUUGGGUUGGGAUACAUCUCCGGCCAUAUGGAGUAGUAAUAAUCAUCUUCAUCAUCAUCAACGCGAGAUCGAUGAAAGGUUCUUUAUCUCUAACUCCAAUUAUUCGGUCAGUAACAACAAUGCUAUUCGAGCCCCACAACUACUCCAGAAUAAAACUACUCAUCAGAUCAAACUGUCCACGUUUCCCAUGUUUAAUAACUCAUCAUCAUCAUCAACAUCAGCUGAUGUUAUCUCAAAUUUGAGCUUCUCGAAUGGCCAAGAUCAAUCUAUGAUCAGUAGUACUCGUAGUUUUGUCAAAUCUGUAGGAGCACCAUCACCACCACCACCACCAACAACAACAACAGGAGCUUGGAGGGGUCAAACUUUGACUUCUCGUGAGCUGUGUUCUUCGCCUUACAACAUCUACAAUCCUCGUUUCAUCAGUAGUACUAGAACUGCUAAUACUACUGAUUUAGGAAAAGUGGUGCAGUCUUCACAAGUUGUUAGUAGUAAUAAUAAUAUUGGAAAGGCUCCAGCGGCGACGACUACGACAACAACGUGCUCCGAUCUGGAGUCGUUGGAUUGUUUGCUUUCGGGUACAAAUAGCAACACAGACACUAAUUCAGCUGAAGAAGAUGAUGAUGAUGGGAUUUCCAUGCUUUUCUCCGACAGUAGAAGCUUAUGGAACAACAAUAUUGGAGCUGGGAGUACUAGUGCAGCAGUCUCUUCUGGAGAGUCCGAGAAUACUACUAAUAAUAACGACAACAACAAUAUGAGUACUUGUCCGUUGACUAAUCAUCAUCAUGAGGUUGACCAAAGCCUGCAUCAUGAUCAGUCAAAGUUGUUGUCUAAUAAUUCUACAAAGAGAAGCCGUGAUGAUCACCAGAAUUAUGAUAACAACAAUAACAACAACAACAUGAGUUUUUUCAAUCUUCUCCACCAGAGAGAUGAUCGAAUUUCUCCGACUACCAACAAAGAAGGUCAAGCUGGCUUUCGUUUAAUCUCGGAAAGUCAUCACCAUGAUCAUUUGCCAAAAGCGAAGAAGCCCAGAACAGAGAAACGUCCACCGAGUUCAUCCAACAUCAAUUUCCAGCAGCCGAGUAAUUCGUCGAUUUCGAAUUCAUCGGUGGACCAGGAGCCGGAUCCAGAGGCCAUAGCCCAAAUGAAAGAGAUGAUAUACCGGGCGGCGGCUUUUAGGCCGGUGAACUUGGGUUUGGAGUUGGUUGAGAAGCCAAAGAGGAAGAAUGUCAGAAUCUCGACGGACCCUCAGACGGUGGCGGCCAGACAAAGGAGAGAGAGGAUUAGUGAAAGGAUUAGGGUUUUGCAGAAGCUGGUUCCCGGUGGUAGCAAGAUGGACACUGCAUCAAUGCUUGAUGAAGCUGCCAAUUAUCUUAAGUUUCUUAGGUCACAGGUCAAAGCACUUGAAAAUCUUGGUCAGAAAAUUGACUCCAUGAAUUGUCCUCCAACAAACAUUGCUUUCUCUUUCAACCCUUCUUUUCCCAUGCAAACCCAUAAUGUCCCAUCAUCACUACUACAACUCCAAAACCCUAAUCAUGUCCACCACGGCCACUACCAGUGUUGAGAUGAUCAAGAAAAAAGAAAGAAAAACUAAUUAAUCAUCAUUUCGAAAAACCCUUUUCAUUAGUUAUGAUAACCUAACCAUAUGUAGUAGCCCUUUUAAUCAUUCUCAUCAUCAUUAAUUUCAUUACCAAUGAUUAACAUUCCAGAUCACCCUCAUCAAAGCCAACCCAUUUUCUAUAUUAUUAAUUGGCCCAAAAAAGAAAAGUAGAAAACUCUAUAUUUAUGUAAUUUCAUCAUUACAUCUUCUGUGUGAUAUAUGGUUAAUUAAGGAGUAUAAAGGGUUCUACAAAUAUAAUCGUGCAUCAUCAUCAUGAUCAGUCUCACCAACCGAUCAAAAGGCCGGGUCAGCAGCAAUCAAUUUUCACUACUGCUUUUGAUACUUCCACUUUCAUAUAAUAUUCUUAAGUUGUUUGUUUUGCGAUGAUGAUCAGAAAUUAUAUGUGGGUGGAAGUAGAAUAUAUAUAAGAUAGAGGAGUGGAAAUAGUACUAAAUGUACAAAGAGUUAUAAGUAUAUAUAUCCACGAGGGAUGUCUGCCUUUUCUUUAAAAAGGAAAAAAAAAGUAAGUAAUUAUGGCACCUAUGAUUAUGAUCAAGGGGCUAGAAAGUGAUUUGUCACUUUAGACUCUGUUGUAUUAUUUGUUUAACGGGAUCAAUGUACUUAAAGCUCACCUUUCUUGGA